CCGGGGCGGCGGCGGCGGCGGCGGCGAGAGGCCGCGCGGGCCUUGUGGGAGCUGUAGUUCGGCGGGGCCGCUCGCCCCGCUCGCCGCGGGUGUCCCCCCGCCCCGCGAGGCCAUGCCGGGCUUCACCUGCUGCGUACCGGGCUGCUACAACAACUCGCACCGCGACAAGGCGCUGCACUUCUACACCUUCCCCAAGGACGAGGAGCUGCGGCGCCUCUGGCUCAAGAACGUCUCCCGGGCGGGCGUCAGCGGCUGCUUCAGCACCUUCCAGCCCACCACGGGCCACCGCGUCUGCAGCGAGCACUUCCAGGGCGGCCGCAAGUCCUACCUGGUGCGGGUCCCCACCAUCUUCCCGCUGCGCGGCGUCAACGAGCGCAAGGCUCAGCGGGCCCGGCGCCCCCGCCCCGCCGCCGCCGCCGCCGCCGCCCCGCAGGGCCCCGCGGCCGCCGCCGAGGCCCCUGCAGGGGGCGCGGCCGAGGACGUGAAGCCCAUCGACCUGACAGUGCAGGUGGAGCUCGGGGCCGCCGCCACCAUCGGGCCCAGCCCCGUGCGGCUGCCGGUGCCCGUACCGGCGGCGGCGGCGGCGGGGGAGGAGAGCCCGGUGGAGGGCGGCCCCCCCGAUCACUCGUACUCGCUGUCGUCGGGCACCACGUCGGAGGAGCUGCUGAGGAAGCUGAACGAGCAGCGCGACAUCAUCGCGCUGCUGGAGGUGAAGAUGAAGGAGAUGAAGGGCAGCAUCCGCCGCCUGCGCCUGGCCGAGGCCCAGCUCCGCGAGGAGAUCCGCGAGAAGGACCGGCUGCUCCACGCCGCCAGCGCCGGCACCCGCAAGCGCCACGGCCUCUGAGCGCUGCCGGCGCCCGGCCCGGCGCGGGGCUCUCCGUCCCGGAGCCUCCGCCGCCCUCGCUGCGGUGCCGGGCACGGCAGAGAUGGGAUGGAGCGCGGCCCCUCCGUGCCCGGCUCAGCCCACGCCGCUGCAGCCCCCGA